GCCAUCGUGGUCAAGCAGGACUCGGUGCUGGAGGCCCAGAAGCAGCAGCUCGGAGAGCAGAGGGAGCGACUGUGUCGUCAGAGCUCCCGGGGCGAGGGCCCGCUGGGCGACCAGGAGAGGCUGCGCAGCGCGGAGCAGCAGCGGGAGGAGCUGGUCGGCCUGAGGAGGCAGCACGGCCUUCUGCAGGAGGAGUUCCAGCGGUGUCGCCGAAGCUACGAGGAGAAAACCCAGGAGCUGCGGGCCCUGGAGGCCAGGCUGCACGAGGCCCACAGGAGCCAGGACCAGCUGCGGGGCCAGCUGGAGGAGCUCAGCCGCCAGGCCCCGGCUCUAGCCCAGGCCCAGGCCCAGGCCCAGGCUUCUGCCCAAGCACAGGCCCAGGCUUCGGCCCAAGCCCAGGCCCAGGCCCAGGCCCAGGCUUCGGCCCAGCUGCGCAGGGGGCGGCGCAAGGCCCACACGCGGCAGCUCAGCCUGCCCUCGGCCCAGUUCACCGGACUGAGCCCGACACAGAAUUCCGAGCAGCGUCGCAGGAGCAUGGACGCGAGUUGCCUCCAGGCUAGCCUGGACUUUGUGGGCGAGCCCAGGGAGGGGCUGAAUGGCCAGGAAAGGCCAGUGGUCCGGGACGGCCUGUCUGAAGGGGCAGAGAGCGGGACCCCGCACGAGGUCACCCUCGCCCCGCACCAGGAAGCCCGGGUCGAGGAGGAGGACGAGGAAGAGGCCGGGUCUCAGUCGGAGGGUGAGGAAGUCUCAGGUAAGGGCAGGGUGACCACCCACCACCAACACACCGCAUCUUCCCCUGGGGACAACGCACACAGAGAGGGUCAGCGCUGAGGGA